AUGAGCAAACAGCCAGCAGCGCCACGCGCCGGCGGUGACCCCCGUAGCCGUGCUCGUGUAGCCGAUGCUGCAUCAUCUCAGACAGCCACAGGCCGCAACCGUGUGUCCUACGUGCUGCCAGCGUAUAAGGCAGGCCAGGCGACGGAACCCCAAACGGAGGCUGCGGAGCAGCUGCCGGGUCACGAUGACGCCGGGGCUACAGCGCGCCCCAGGCAUUCCUAUGUGCCGCCGUCUCAGAGGAGGCGAGAGCAACCGCCACGGCCGGCAAUUGAGCAGCCGCCGGACCAUGCGCCGUAUCCGCCGCCACCGGGGAGCAUCCAUGUUAGACCGGGAGGAGCUGCACCGCCACGCAGGGUCAGCUUCCCCAUAAAGACUAUGGAGCGCAUCAGCACGCUUGAAGACAGCAGCAUGGUUGCCGCACCGACGGGCGGGAGCCCGCCACCGCUGCAUGCACAUCACGCGCAUAUGCAUCCGCGGGCGAGGCCGACAAGGCCUUGGUCGGGUAAGAUGAGGCAGCCGGUGGGGGCUUUGCACAUGUGCUUCACCGCGUGCUGCAUCCUCUUCUGCCUGCUGUUGAUCGUCCUCGGCGUCGCCGCUCUGGUCGUCUACCAGCGGUACCACCCGCAGCUGCCCCGGAUGCUCGUGACCACGGCGACCUUGAACGCGGAGGACAUCGCUCGCGGCGGGCAGGCGCUCAACACCAGCCUCACCGUCGCGGUCACUAUCCACAACCCCAACACCAAGAUCGACGUGGUGCUGCACUACACGCCGCUGGACCUCUACUUUCAUGGCAGCCUGAUCGAGACGCAGCUUGUGUGGCCUGCGCCGCUGCAUGAGGAGCCCGGCGGCUCCGUCCUCCGCAGCGUGCACAUGGCGGUGAACUUGACGAGCGAGGAGGACGUGGCUUUGUGGCAUAACGCGACGACCAAGGGCGGGGCACCCGUGGAGCUGAGUCUCGUCGGCAGGUUCCACGCGCGGCUCAACUUCGGACGCUGGCUUUCGUUCAAGUAUUGGGUCCACCCGAGCUGCACGCUCUGGCUCGACUCGCCACCGGGCAGCACACUCCGCCGGGUGCAGUGCUGA